UGCGGCUUGGCUACACUUGGCAAUACUUGGCAUGUAUCUGGGUAAGUAUCUGAAAAUACCGGGAUACUCAGGUAUUUUGAGAAUGAGCCCAGGUAGGUAAUUACCCAGGUAAUUACCUGAACACCACAGGUAAUCAGGUAUCUGUGCCGCACACUGACAUUCGCCACACCUACAUCAAAUUCACUUCCUUGAAACUACCCCCAUCCUCUUCCUUCUUGCCCGCUUUCACAUCUUGGACCUCCCCGUACGCGCGCCCACGCACCCCAUUCUUCCCCUCCAUAUACGCCAACCCUCGCAGCGUCCCGAGCCAUGGUCUAGAAUAAAUAGGCCCGACGAAGUGAGACGCAUGCCAUUCCCCUUCCCGUUUCCGCACCCUCACACUUCACCAGCACCACCACACUCCGCGACGGAAGUGCGUGAGUGAGUGACGAUAGAGAGAGACAGGACUGUACACCAAGAACCCGCUCCCAAAACGACUUUCAAACGCAAAGAAGCAGGAAUGUCUGACCUUCUUGAGCGUAUGAGAGACCAGUAUGGCUUCCGCCCGACUCAGGACUCCAACUCCCAGCGGCCUCAGCAGGGCUACUACACGGACAACCAAAGCAUGAUUUCCUACCCUUCCCAAACGCAGCAGCAUAGACUGACGUCCUUAAUCCCUCCCGGGCCCGGAAAGCCACACUUAACAUGUCCGCCCUCGCCGCCGCACUCCCAGACCACAACUACAGCCAGAGCCAGAGCCAAGCCCAGAGCCAGGCCUACGCGCAGCUCUCGGCCCAGCAGCAGCAACGAUACCAGAUUCCCCCUGCCGCCACCCUCGCAAACCAGCUCCAGCAACAGCAGCAGCAGUUUGCGCCGACCCCCCUGAGGACUCAACAGCCGCCCAACCAACAGUAUGCCCCACAGUUCGCGCAGCAGUUACAAGGGAUGUACGUACCAGCUCCGGGGGCGCAUAUGCAGACGCUCCCCAGCGGCACGGGGAUGCCCCAACAGGGCUAUGCGGGGGUCUUCGCGCCGCAGCAGCAGCAGGUGUCGCCGUUUUUCUACCACCAGCAGGCGCCACUGUUUGCGGGGCAGACGGCGAUGUUUCGGGGGCAGUUCGCGCCGCAACAUGGGGGAGGCUCGGUGCAAUCGAGCCGGCGGCCGAGUGAGCAGUUGAGUGUUGGUGAGUCGGAUGUUGGGAGGGGUAGUAGCGCUGGCUCCACCUCCAGCAUCCGCGGCCCCCCACGAAAACCCGCGCAAUCGGGCCAUGCGCUGUGGGUCGGCAAUCUCCCCCCACGCUGUAUCGGUGCUCAACCUAAAAGAGAAUUUCGCGCAGGGUGCGCGCGAGAAAAUUUUGAGCGUGUUUUUGAUUGCGAAGAGCAGCUGCGCGUUUGUGCAUUAUAGGACUGAGGAGGCGUGUGCGAGUGCUGUGCGGAGGUUUCCGAGAUUGGGGGGGGUGAGGGUGGUGUGUAGCUUGAGGAGGAGUGUGGUGGGUGUGGUUGGGGAGACCCCGACGGGACCAGCAGCUUUGAGUGGUGG